GAAAGCCCAUCUACUGCGCCGCAGACCGACGCUAGAGUGGGCGGGGCGGGGUCCACCACCUUGCCGGCUUUGGAAGGCCGGCGCGUAGGGUUAAGAAUGAGACCUGUAUAGUUAAUCGUCUACUGACGCCUCCCUUGGGAUGAAUCCAGAACUUUCAAGAUUCAACUCCCUCAGCCCAGGUGCUGUCUACUUCUCAACUGUCACCACUACAUCCAUCCUUGGAUUUCCCUAAACCUGUCUCCAUGAGGCGACAGCCACUAGAAACAGUUCCAGGAAAGCCUUACGAUCUGAAACUACAACUUCCAGAAUCCUUUGCGCGCGGCUAAGGGGCGGUGAUUCCGGAGCCGUCUCCCGCUAAGAGAUGGCUGAGUCCUCGGGGUCACCGCACCGCUUGUUGUACAAACAGGUGGGCUCGCCGCCCUGGAAAGAAGCUUUCAGGCAGGGAUGUCUCGAGAGAAUGAGAAACAGCCGGCACAGGCUCCUGAACAAGUACCGCCAGGCUGCAGGUGGCAACCCAGGGAGAGCCUCCGACAAGUUUCUUGUGCAAGAAGUGAUGGAGGAAGAGUGGCAUUCUUUGCAGUUGGUAGAGAAUUGUCCGGAGGCCUUGGUUCAGUUGGGAUUGCCAGAGGACCUAGCUGUGCUGCAGGACAUCGAACAGGAGCUGUGUGAUGAAGAAAAGUCCAUCAUAAGCGAGUAUGAGAAGAGUUUACAGUUUGAUGAAAAUUGUCUCAACGCCAUGUUGGCUGAGUGGGAAGCAAACCCCCUCAUCUGUCCUGUGUGUAUAAAGUACAACCUGAGAAUCAUGAACAGUGUGGUCACGUGUCCGUGUGGCCUGCACAUCCCACUUCACUCUCCAGAGCUGACUGAGCAGAAGCUGCGGGGCUGUUUGGAGGAUCAUGUAAACGAGCACAGCGCACACUGUCCCCACAUGCCUGAAUUUUCAGUCACCGGUGGUCCAGAGGAAAAGCCCAGCCUUCUGAUGAGCUGCCUGGUAAGUCUCCUCGGGACCUUUCCCCUCUUGCUGGAAAUAAUGGCUUAGAAAUAGGUAAAUAUUUAAUGUUUUUUGGUGGAUGCAGAAUACAGGAAGUAUCAGCUGGGUGUGGUGGCACUUAUCUGGAAUCUCAGGAGGGAGGCUGAGGUAGGAAGAAUCUAAGGCCAGCCUAGACUAAGUAGUGAGGAACUGUCUCAGAAACAGAUGUUGGGCUGUCGAGAUGUCUCGGUAGGUAAGAGCACUUGCAGCCAAACCUGACAACCCCAGUUCAGUCCGUGGACCUCAUGUGGUAGAAACAGAACCGAUCCCUGCAAGUUGUCUUUUGUCCUCCACAACAUGUAAUGUGCUUGUGCACGCCGCUUUCUCUCACACGCUCACGGAUGAUUAAAGCUUACGGAAUGAGCAACUUAAAUAGCCUGGUAAGCAAAGGGAGGGUAGGCUUAGAAUUAUGGCCAAGGCAUUGGUCUGGAAAUUGGAGCCUGCACUACAUGCUUUUGUUGGGUCAGUGCAAUGGCUUGAGAUCUCCAUACAUGAGGCCAUGGCCAUGAAUGAAUGCCAGAUGACCACCUUGGCAUCGCUCUGCAGAGACACAGGAGAAGCGGCACAGUGGAACAGCAGAUUUGUCUCAGCAAACCUUCAUAAAGGUCUAAGACUCUUGCCAAAUAGUAAUCAGGUGUGAGGGACAGGACCAGAGAGGAGCCACCUGUCUCAGGACCCUUAAGUUUGCUGUGGGAACCAGUGUUCGUGUAUAUGACAUAUUAUAGCUUCCAGGUCCCAAGUCACCAAAGUGCUGCAAUGUGCCAGAUACUCAGUAAUAACCUGAACCCGCACAUAAAAUUUUUCAGUAUUUUUGGGCUCCAACUGGACCUGACACCAUGUUUCCCUUAGCACUGCUGAAAUUACCUGUUCAUGUCUUUGUUUCUGGGGACAAAGACUGUUUCUCUCCCUCUUGUUUAAUUACUCUCCCCCCCACUGUCUGAGUUAGUGCAUAAGUAGAUACUGUGUUUCCACAAAUGAUUCACAGUGGCAGCAGAGUUGAAGCACAGGCCAGACAAAUGGCCCUGGCCUCUGCCUUUUAGACAGUCAGUGCGGUGCUCAGAUGGCUCAGUGAAAGCACUUGCCUGAGUUUGGAUCCCUGCAUCCCAUCUAAAAGUCAUGUAGGCAUGGUGGCUACCUAUAAUCCUGGAAUUCACAAGGCCAGAAGCAGGGAGAUGCCUGGGACACGCUGGCUACGGACUAGCCAAUUAAGGAACUCCAGGUUCAGCCAGAGUCCCUGUGUCAAUAAAGUAGAGAGCAACUGAGAGUGACAUCUGUCAGUUUGACUCCUACACACACACACACAUAUGAAGAGAAAUAAGCACACCAGCCACCCCCUUGUAGAAUUUCAAAUGGUAGUGGAGCGCAUGUUAAAUUCUUUUUCUGGGGAAAUAUGAUCUACAUAGCCCUAGCUGGUCUUGAACUUGCUACUUAGACAAGGCUGGACUCAAAAUCAGAGAUGUGCCUGCCUCUCCAGUGUUACAGACUAAAGGUGUACACCAACUUUUUUUUUUUAAAGAUUUUAUUACAUAUACAAUAGUGUUCCGCCUCCAUGUCAGAAGAGGGCACCAUAUCUCAUUGUAGAUGGUUGUAAGCCACCAUGUGGUUGCUGGGAAUUGAAGUCAGGACUUCAGGAAGAACAGUCAGUGUCCUUAACCUCUGAGGCAUCUCUCCAGCCCUACACCAACUUCUUUUAAAUGUCAGUUUCAGACCAAGUACUAGAGAGGCUGGAAAGGGCAGUUAAGAACAAGCAGGCAGGCAUGACAGUGUUUGCAACUUGGGAAACUAAGGUAGCGAAGUUUGAACCCAGGAGUUAAGACCAGUCUGAGCAAAGUAGCCCAACCCUAACUAGUCUCAAAGAAAAGCAGCUAAUGAUUGCCUGAUUGCUCAGCUUUUUGUUUUAAUUAAACUUGUACACACGUUGAUACCCUGUAACUCAGAACAGCACUGUAACAAAACAAAUGGUAGAGAUGCCAGUGCUCUGGGCAGCAGCACCCUCAACUGACCAGCACUGGCUCCAGGCUAUGUAGGUAGACCACUGGAGUACGGGGUUAUCACCACAAAGAUGAGAAACUGAGGGGGAGAAAAAAAAUUAGAGUAAGCUCCAAGUUCAGUCCUUUGAGAGGUACAUAUGAACACAUUUGAAAUUCCCAAAGUGCCACUAAAUCUCAGAGGGACAUCAGGGAUCACUGGGUUGAGAUCCAGGAGUCCUCAUAUACUCGGGGUGAGGUGGGAUAUGGGCGUGGGUUACUGAAGAGGCCACAGAGAAGCAAGCUUACACCUGGGAAAGUCCCUGUCAGGGUUUGAUCUUUAUGGUUUCUGAGGGUACUUGGUAGUUCAUCCACAAGACUUGAUCUUAGCUUGGAAGCUACAUUAGUGACGGCUUCAUUGAUAAAGCAUCCCACUUAAUGUUCAUGGCCAGAAUAAUUUUCACUAACUUCUUUUCUGUCUA